AUGAAGAGUUUUUGCUGUUUGCCAUGGAGAAGGAUUUUUCUCUUCCUCACCACCAAACAAAUCUUUCGACUCAAAUUGGUGAACAUUUUCCUCAGUUCCCUGAUUAUUGAAGAAUCGAGAGAGAAUUUAAUCCAACCAAUAUAUGAAAUUGGAGUUGCAUGUAGGGAUUUUGAGCAAUUAAUUCAAACAGUUUGUCAAUACUUUGAAGUUGAGAAUUUUAACGACCAAUUUCAUUUGAUGAAUUUAACAUACAAGUUUUCCAAUUACAUGAGAGUUUAUACCUCAGUGGAGAAGGAAUUGAUUGGUUUGAGGAAAGACUAUACCGAUGAGAAUAUUAUUUGGGCCAACUCCAGAAUGCCUUCAUUCUCAAAGAGAGUUGGAAAUGAAUAUAGACGAGUGACUGCUCGAUUCUAUCCAAUUUUGCUGCUUAAUCAAGACGAUAGUUGUAAGAACUCAUCCAUGAAGAAUGAACAGAGGAUACUUUGUGAUGAAUCAUUUUGGUUCCUUGAUGGAUUCAUAUUUCUAAAUCCCUCACAACCCUAUUCAGCAAUUCAACACAAUUUUGAAACAACCACUCCUAAAAUGAAUCAAAGAUCUAAUUCCCUUCCUACUAUGAAGUUAUGUCAGAACUCUAGAGACUUUACAGUUUCAGUUCUUCAUGAUUCGAAUAUUCUAACGAAUAUCCUUUCAGAAAGGUCCAGACAUUCCAAAAACAAUUUGCAGUACAAAUACUAUCUGUCAGAACAGCAAAGUAUUUUAAAUAAGGAAUUUAUGCCGAAUGACAAUAAUAAGAGGAAAACACUGCAAAACAUGGUUGCAGAUCUGGUUCAAAUUGAGGAAGAUUUUGACGAGAAGGUAGCACGAUAUUUCGUUCCAAAAGGUGAAUCAUUCGAGAUUUAUCUCAAAAAGAGUGUUGGUUUCAUUUUGGAGAGCUCUAAUACAGUAUUCAAGACUGUUCAAAUCAAUAGGAAUGUGCUCCAUGAAAGCUUCCAUUCCAAACUGGUAUCUAGUGGUUCAUCUAUGAGUGGUGUUGUGAGAUUUAUUGAAAUGAUUCUCUCCUCAAAGGAUUAUACCGAUCUUACAGAUAGAAUUUCCAAGCAGUUCAAUCAAUUAUUCUCCUUAUACGACCUCCUCACAGGUAAGAUUGAAUACUUUACUAAACGAAUUGGUUUGAGAUAUUUCACGAGAAGAGAUCAAAUGUUGAUCAUUAAGAAACUUUACACCAUCCUAUUCAACAAUCCAAUCUCUAAUUGUAUCAUCUCUGGAAAGCAAAUGCUCAAAACAAGCAAAUUAGACAAUUUAGUCUCAAAACUUCAAGGCAACAAUACUUCCACCAACUCAAUUCAAGACGAGCACAAAUUGAAUAAUGUACAAAAACUCUACAAAGUCUGCAAGAAGGAACAACGAAAGGAAAUCCAGCUAGAGCCAAAACUCGAAUUCACAGCCAAAUUUUGCAAUGUUUCAUUUGACGACUUUACAAUGGACAGUUUGAGACACGUUACAAUUUCAAUAAGCUUGACUGGAGUCUUUGCACAAACCCAAUGCAUCACCAAAGUAUUCUUCAAAAGACCUUAG